AAUUUCACCUAUAAAUAGGGCUUUUGUUUCUCAUUGUUUUCCACACUCAAAGCAAUUAAUUAUCUCUCUCUUAAUUAAUUUGCAAUAUAUUUUCUUGAUUUUUAUUUAUUUAAAAAAAAAAGAUGGGUGCUAUCACUUAUGAACAUGAAGUAGUGUCCACAAUUGCUCCAAAGAGGCUGUUCAAAUCAUUCAUCCUAGAUGCAGACAACCUUAUUCUCAAGGUCUUGCCUCAAGCCUUCAAGAGCUUCGAAAUCGUCGAAGGUGAUGGCGGUGUCGGAACCGUCAAGAUCAUCCAUUUCGGUGAAGGGAGCCAAUUCAAGUUCGCGAAGCACAAGAUCGACGAGAUCGACGAGGAGAACUUCGUGUUCAAGUACACAAUCCUAGAAGGCGAUGCUUUGAUCGCGGGAGAUCUCGACUCGAUCUCGUACGUUAUCAAGAUCGAGGCGGGGCCCGAUGGAGGAUCGGUGUGCAAAACGACGAGCACGUAUCACACGAAGAAAGAACACCAUGGAAUCACAGAGGAGAAGAUCAAGGAAGGCAAAGAGAAGGCUAAGGCUAUCUUCCAUGCCAUUGAGGCUCACCUCCAUGCUCACCCUCAAGAGUACUGCGACUAAAUUAUUUUAUUUAUUUAAAUAUAUAUAAUUGCAAUUCAUUGUUUUUGCAAUUAUUUAAAUAAAGAAAAAUGAAGUGUGGUGUUUGUGUGUUUUUUUGGAUUGUUGUCAUCUUUAUAUAUUUUUAAAGGUGUGGAUUUUGUAAUAAUAAGCAUGAAUGGUACUGGUAUGUAUCGUGUAUGUAUGAUUUGGAUUCUGUUUGUAAUAAUAAUAUUUCUUCUUUCUUUUUUUAUA